UCUCAGAAUCAGUCGAGCUCUUUCUCAAAAUCAGUCGAGAACUCUUGUUUUCUCCCUCAAACAUCAGUCGCGGUCUCUCUCUCUCUAAAUCAGUCGAGGUUGCAGCCGCCGCCUCUGCUCCGACCGGCGUCGGCUGCCGCCGAUCCUAGGUCCGGCGUGGCCGCACCCGCCUCUCUCUCCUUAUCUUCUCUCUUGCUGACAGUUCGUCCGAGGCGAGAAGGGCGAGCCCUAAUUCCUCCCUGGCAUUGCAAUCGCCGCUGCAACUCCCGGCGAACAGCCGGGGACUCGUUUGAGCCCUAAUUUCCCUCUCUGAUUUUGAACCGCCUCUCUCUGCUCGGCGCCGCGGCGUUCUGUAAACCCGGCGGUUUACAGUCGCCGUCCAGUCCUCUGUCCAUCAAUCGGGGGGAGGUCGUCUCGCCCUCUCCUCCGAAAUUGCCGCUGUUGUCGUCUCUCAAAAUCAGGGGAGGUCGCCCCUCUUCUCAAAACCGCUCUCCUUGCCGUUUGAAAAUCUGCCGCCGCUGCGUCCGGAUGAUCGGCGGGAUUCGCCGCGUUGCUGCACUGUCUUGAGGUGCCGCUGCCUCUCCGGCAUUCGGCUCUUCCUUUUCUGUCCGUCGAGUUCCGACCAGCAGCAAGGUUCUGCCCAUCGCGCCGUCGCAGUUCCGACCGAGCGGAGAUGCGCCGUUUCCGGUUCGGAGCAGGGCAGUCGCCCACUCCUCUCACUAAAGCUAAGUCAAAACUAAAACCCCCUUUCUAUUGGCUCUUAACGCGAAUUAAAGACAAGUCGUGUAAGCUCAAUUUAUGCUCGUUUAAACUACAUAUGAACUGCCACUUGCACAAGAAAGUAGUUGGUGUUUGUACUAUAAAGAAUGUAACUUUGCUAAGUCCAUUUGUCUACAAUGGUUUUCUAUCAUUGGAAACUGAUCAUGCUUUGGUAUGUAUGCGUACUGGAAUGGAUAUUUGAUAGAGAAUUAAUACCUUGGGAAUGAAUGUUGGUUGGCUGUUUGCCGUUGAGUUUAAUGAACUGGAAUGAUUGAACUGUAAAGAUUCAACUUGUUCAUUCCAAUAAAUGCUAGUUGCAAAUUGAAGAAGAUGAUGGAUCAAGGCUGCUCUUACCUUAAAGUUUGGCAGAGCAAUGAAUGAAGGUGAUGUCAGGGAAUAAGGUGGAAGAAGUGUAGCCAAAGUUUACCUUGAAGUGGCAGAGCACUGGAUGAAGGUCCCUGCUUCUCCAAAAGCUUCUAAGUGUAAAAAUGAGGAGAGUGGUGAAUUGGGACUGAAGUGUGAGACUAAAGGAGAAGCUGUUGCUACACACUUGAGUGUGCUAGUAUAAGCUGCAGAGAUAGGGUGGCUGAGUAUGGGGUGGAUUGGAUGGGGGCAGACAUAGGGAAGGUGGCUGAAAGACUGCACACUUGAGUGUGCUAGCCAAAAGGUGCAAAAAUAGGGUGGCUGGAGCAGGAGGAAGGAGUGCAGUGAGGGAAUUUGUGUCUCACACUAGUGCCUACUUCUGACCUCCGUGUCUCAUUUAAUGGAGAUGAUGGUUCUGUGGAGAGACUGGCAACAUUAAGCUCUGAGGCUCACUGCACUAGCUUAGAGAUUGAAGAGAUUUCUGCAGACAACUCUGGAAGAUCAUUUUUACUCAGGACUGCUGAUAAUAUGGUUUUUUAUUUUUGGUGCUCUGAGAAAUCUCAAUAUUUAGGGAAUGAAAUGCUCAGGAAGAUGAUUGAUUUGCUUAUAAGAAAACCUUCACUGGCUGAAUUAACUGGAAUAAGUGAUGGCCGCCUCAACUUCUUUGCAACUCAGCUCAGAGCUUAUCUCCAUGGAUCAGUAGUGAGUAAAGCACAGUCUAUUGGUGUUCUGCCGUCUAACGGUCCUUCAGAUGAUGAUUCAUUUGAUUCUUCUGAGCUUCAUUAUCCUCAAUCUUCAAUUACUUGUGAGAAAAGGUCACUAUUCCAACAGUACGGCUGCAGAGGGUUAAUGACGAACCUGAACCAUCUUGACGGUCACUAUCCUAAAUCUGGUUCAUUUGAAGCGAGCCUGCCAAAAAGUUUGUCCUUCGAAAAUGUCACUGCCAGAGAAAAUUUGAUGCAAGUUGGAGACGGCAAUGCUUCACCCAACAGCUUGUUUCUUGCUUCAACAAGCGAUGCUGAUCUAUCGAAUUCUAUAGGCUUUGCCAAAGGCAAGCUUCCUAAAGCAAAUUUAGUUCACUCAUUUUCUGUUCUAAAUGUUGUGGAUGCAUUUGGUAAACCUUUGGAUGUCCCUCUUUGUGGUCCAAAAGUACAGGUUCAUUCCUCUGGUCCAUCUCAUUUGUCUCCUCAAUACUGCUGGUGUCCUCCCGUUGCUUCAGUGCUGCAUUACACUCUCAGGAACUCCCAAAUGUCAACCGAGUCUCUUCAUUUGCCGCCACUUUCUUCUCUACUGGCCUCUAAAUCAUCUCCAAGCUUGUCUGAAGUUCCAGCUAUGGAUUUUCCUAGCUUUCAGCCGCAUCCAUUAGUAACUAGUCUACACCUUUGAUGUGUGACCCAAUUGUCCACAUUCCCAUCUAUUCAUCCGGCCCGGGAUUAUUAGUUAGUACUGGCCCAGCCAUUGCAACCACGAUUCCUCCAUUAAAUCUGAAUCGUGUGGAUCCUCGCAUCACAAAUUCUGAAUCUGCCCUAGAACAAGGUGCUAGGGAGACUCUCCGCAUGCUCAUUAAUGGCACCAACAGCCAACCCAACUCGAAGCUGCUUGAGAUGUUGCCGCCUGUGUUGAGCAGCAGUGAUGACAUUGACAAGCCAAACCUACUUAGUAUUGGAGGAAGCAGGGGUUUCUAUUGUGGGACACGAGAUGUCUCCGGUGGUCCGACCAAUAUGAGCUUCAUGUUUCUGUCGGAGAAAUCGCCGGGAGGUGGUUUUGGCUCCAGCAGUGAUGAUUCAGUUGAUAAGGACAGGCCACAGGACUUUGACUCAUCUGGUUUGGAUUCCGGAAUGGAAUGAUUAGAUGCCCAGAGCCAAGCAUUUUCAUGCUCGUAUAUACUGUUUUUGUCAACAAAUGUAGAUAUUAUUAGCCUAGCUCUUAGGCUAGAAAAUCAGCUUUGUUAUAGUGUAAUCCUAAACUUUUGUCAAAUGAAGCCUAUUUGUUUCUUUGCUGUCUA